UGCUAGAUACCAGCACCCAACGGAGGAUUUUUCUGGCUGCGUUUUUAGAAUAAAAACAAUAUGCAGAAAAGGGCUGUUGCUUGGACUGUAACUGGAAUUAUAUUAGCAUGUGGCAUCGUCUUGACUGCAAUUGGGACGAGUUUUCUUGUAGUUUACAACCAACAGCCAGAGCAGCAAGAAAAUAUACCGAAAGAAAAGUUUCCAGUCUACUUUGAUCCAGAAAAUCAACGAGUUUACUACAGCAAGGAAAAUCAAGUCGUUUUCACAACUUUUCUUAACCAAGCUGAAGAUGGGAGAGGACUUGACGCUAAUCCUAUGCAUAUAAAAGCACCUUGUAACAACGGCGGUGCAAUCGUUAUUUGUUACCAGUGUGAGCUAGCGACGAAAGAUAAACCAGUAAACGUCGGUUUUACAGUGACGAAAUUAGAGACGACCGCAAGUGAAGAAACAUCAGCUUGCUACGAAACAACGUGGACAAGUGACCAUGAUGACGUAACAGCGACCAAUUGUUUUCCAUUUUCUGGGGCAGAAGAUUGGUUUGGGGGUGCUGAGAUGUAUGAUCAAUCCUGGCCCAUUAACAGUUGGUACAAGGAAAUGUCAUUUUACUUAUCCGGGGACAUGUUUUCGGACCCGCAACAGUUUGGUUCAGUAUUAGAGAGAUACUGGCUCUCGUCGCAAGGUGUCGCACUUUACGUGGAACCAAGAAUACCAUUGCACGUGAGCGUCGAAAAACAGCAGAUCUGUUUUAAAGGUGCAUACAUCGAGCCAUACAAACCUAAGAAAUCACCCGCAGAGCCUAUACUCAAAUACACCGUCUGCUUAAGCGAUUCGCCACAACGGGCGCACGCAGCUAUUCUUCAGAAAUAUUUUAAAAGACCGACAUCAAUCCCUGACUUGCGAAUGAUCCGAUCUCCUAUUUGGUCUACAUGGGCGAGGUACAAGGUUGGAAUCAACGAGACAGUAGUGUUGCAAUACGCGGACGAAAUAUUGAAGUAUAAUUUCUCCAACAGUCAGAUUGAAAUAGACGACGGGUAUGAGAAAAACUACGGAGACCAUACGUUUAGCGUAACCAAGUUUCCUGACGCGAGCGGAAUGAUUAAAAAGCUUCACAAUUCAGGAUUCCGUGUAACUACUUGGGUGACGCCGUUCGUCAAUCUAUUUUCCGAGAAUUAUGCAGCGGGGGACGAGAAUGGUUACUUUGUGAUGAACGGAGGGACAAAUACAAGCGGAAGGGUGGCGUGGUGGAACGGUAUAGGAUCAUCGAUUGAUUUUACCAACCCGAAAGCUUGUGACUGGUACUACAGCCUUCUGGAAAAAGUACGAAGCACUUAUGGAGUUGACUCGUUUAAAUUUGACGCAGGCGAGAUUAACUAUAUAACAGCUGUUACGGAUUACCGAACACACGAAACACUGGAUAAUCUCGGAUCUUAUACGCAAUAUUACUCAGAGUGUGCGGCAAGGCUCGGUACACAGAUAGAACUCAGAGCCUCCUGGAACAACCAGCAUUUACCUGUCUUUGUGCGAAUGAUGGACAAAGACUCAAACUGGUCGAAAGCGAAAGGAAUUAAGACGCUUGUCUCGACUGCAUUAACGUUCAGUAUGCUCGGCUAUCCAUAUAUACUACCCGACAUGAUAGGAGGUAACGCAUACGGAGAAGGUUCGGAUGGGUUCCAUAGUUCUCCGUUGCCUGAAAAGGAACUUUACAUACGAUGGCUUGAAGUAACUGCAUUCCUGCCUUCCAUGCAAUUUUCCAUUUGUCCGUGGCAGUACGACGAUGAGACCGUGAAGCUAGCGCAGUAUUAUGUACAGUUGCAUGAGAAUGUUGUUUUUGAUGAAAUUGUCUCUUCGUCGCAGAAAUAUGUGAAUGGAGAUGAAGACUUAGGUCCGAUUCGCCCCAUUUGGUGGGCGACUUCUAACGACCGUAAGGCGUUUAAAUACGACGACGAGUUUAUGGUCGGGGAUAAGUACUUGGUGGCUCCGAUUUUAGAUAACGCGACAAGGUCUCGGGAUAUUUAUUUGCCUGGUCCGUUGUGGAGAGACGGGGUGCUAAGGAUUUUUUGGAAAGACAAGUUAAGAGAGAGGGAAUUGCUCUUAGGGGGUGUGACGUUGUUUGAUUACAAAAUCGAACUGAAUGAAAUUUCGUGGUGGGAGUUAAUUUUGGAGUCGAGUAAAUGACCCUUUCGCAACGUGUUAUAUUGUAUUGUAAGAAGGCAUAUAAAAGGCAGUGUACAAAAUAUGAUCUCGUUGUACGACAAGGGGUAUAGUUGCAAGUAGCAGCAGAUGGAUAAAGGCACGAUGAUGCAACUUUCAUAAAUUCUUUGGUAACUAAGGUUCGUCAAGCACAAAAGCACAUUUAGUU